AGAUACGUAUACAAAAUUUGAAUUAAAUCUGUGUGUUUAAAGUGGGUGAAAAUCUAGUCUAAGGGAGUCGGUUACAUACAAAUACACAAGCAUAUGUACCGACUAUACUAUAUAAAAGCGUGGUGAAGAGAGUAUCAAUGGUGCGAUUGGUCAAGAUUUCAUAUUUAGUCACCAUUACAAAAGUCGUAGUCAAUAGAGAUCGAUAGUCUCAUAACUUUCAACCGGAACAAACUGUCUUCCGCACCUCCGAGAUCCAGGAGCCGACCUACUUCUGGCUAGACAGUACGCACUUGACUCACUAAUUGAGCUUAAAGUUGUACUAAAAAAUCAUUGCGCAGCUUCCGAGAAUGCGUUUUCCUCGUCACCGAAUGAUUAAGCGCGACGUCACAGAUGACGAUUGUUUUAAUAAAAAGCACGGCGAGUUCGCGCGGCCCGCCAUAGUACGAGCACCUCGUGCUGCGGACUGAUAUGAAGUGCGAAUUAGUGGAGAAAUUAACACCGACUAUUGUUGAACUGUUAUCAAAACCGCGAAAUUUAAAUGAUUUAUUACGUGAUUUAUUAAGUGUUUAUAUAUAUUAUUUAUAGUGCAGCCGUCAAAUAAAUAAUUUUUAACAAACUACAAAUUCUUAAAAUGGCGCUGAAUAGUUCAAGUGUAUCCUGAAUUGUUAGAUAUAGUGAUAAAAGGAUAAUAUAAGCUCGUGAAAGGUUUAGAGUGUGUGUAGUGAGUAGCGGCACACUGGCGCCCCGCAAUGCCUGCAUGGAGUCCCUCCCUCCGCCGCCCUCCGACACGGACACCGAUUCGGGGGAUGAAACGGUACCUGCCGAUCCAGAGACGUGGGUCCGCCGCGACGUGUUGCGGUGCGUGCGCUGGGUUGCGCGCACGUUCAGUGUGCGCGCGCCGCGGAAGCACCUGCUGCCCGACACCGGCGCCGGCCUGCUGCAGCUCACUGAGGAUAACUGGUUACAGGUGUGCGAAGGCAGUUCGGAGGCUGCUCGAAUCUACCACGCGUACGUGCGGCACGCGCAUGCGACAGCGAAGGGUAGGCCUCCGCCUCCGCCGCUGCCGGAGCACCAAGCCUCUACUUCUACAUCGCAACAGAUCAAUCCAUACGCAGCGUUGAGCGGCUGCGCACGGACGAGUGGCGGUCAAGUGCAGCUGUGGCAGUUCCUGCUGGAGGAGCUGGCCGCCGGCGCGCCCGGCAUAUGCUGGGAGGGUUCCCCCGGCGAGGGAGAGUUCCGUCUGUCAGACCCGGAGGAGGUGGCGCGGCGCUGGGGCCGCCGCAAGCAGAAACCUAACAUGAACUACGACAAGCUGUCGAGGGCGCUAAGAUACUAUUACGACAAGAAUAUUAUGGGCAAGGUCCAUGGCAAGCGAUACGCAUAUAAGUUCUGUUGGGCGGGCUUAGCGGCGGCGUGCCAGGCGCAGGCCGACGCGCCGCCCUACUGGCCCUACCUCCACAACUCACAGCAACCCCCGCAGUGACUUCCCGAAAUAUCUAGAACGUUAUCCGAGCCUGAAGAAAUUCUACAUAAUCAUGAAAUAGGAAUGAUUGACGAAACACGUUAUACGUUUUACCUUAUCAAUUAAGCUAGCUUUUGCGCUCGCGUUCUCGAGGGUAAUUAUAGAUAAUAUAUUAGUCUCGGGAUUUUCCCGAUAGAUCCUUGACCUUUCUUGGGCCUCAAACUAUCUAUGUACCAAAUUUCCUCCAAAUUGGUUCAAU